AUGGAGGCUGUGAUUUCGUCCCACUCGGCAGUUCAAGCAACGCUUAUUAGUGGGAACGGAGAGUUCCAAGCGGCCCUCCUAGUCCAGCCGAAAGCUGACGUUCGCACUUCUCAGGAGAAGGAGGACCUGCUCAAUGAUAUCUGGCCCAUUGUCAUGCAGGCCAAUCGUGACUGUCCAGCUCAUGGUCGAAUCUUUAAAAACUACAUAAUGUUCACCACCCCGGGCAAACCGUUGCCCUUGGCAGCAAAAGGUACCGUCCAGCGUUACGCGGCACUGGAACUUUACUCCGAGGAGUUCAGAUCUUUAUAUGACACCUUAAAGAGGAAGAAUGAGCUACAGCCUGGAGCGCCUGCUGAUCAAGCCAAGUCGACUGUCAAAGAAACAACUGCUUCUACUGGGUUGACUUCUCUGUCCGCUAAUUCUGACUUCGGGUCUGGGCUUGAUGUACGCAUUGAGGAGGCCUUGAAUCGUCUUCUACCUGUUGCUCUUUUACAGCACCUAGGUCCGGCCCUUGUGCGGAUGACGGCCGACUUGCUGAACCCUGGAGCCACUCAGCAAAGCAAAGAAGUCAAGGCCACUGGGAUCAGAGUCAAUGGCUCGAGUCCCGUUCGUGGACCCGAACCCAGCGAAUCGAGCUUAGAUGACCUCAACAUAUCUACUGCUCAAGCUAAUGGUGCUGAGAAAGCCUACAGUAAGGAAGCAAGGACAUCGAAUGGCCUCACGCUGGAAGAAAAAACCACCAGGGCACUGCAAGGGUUGCAGGAUGGCCUUCGUCAUGCAAUUGCAGAAAGUACCUAUCUUCACGGCUUGAGUGAUCAAGCAGAUUUCUUUGACUGUGGGCUCGACUCGUUACAGGUACCUGGUCUGACGAAAGAGAUCAACGAGCUCCUUACGAAGCUGCGGCCUGAUGUCGGACUGAUCUCGACGAAAGUGAUAUAUGAGUACCCCUCGUUUGAAAGGCUACUGGCAUUUUUGCAAAAGCUCUCGACGGUUGAGGGGAAAAGCGAAGUCUGA